GUCUGAAUAAUCCAGCAGUGGCUGUGCCGCAGUGGAGAGCCUGAGAAUCCGUAGUUGUUCCAUCCUUGAGACUGGAUGUCUCAACGGUCCCAGUCUGGCGCUGAAAGCCUGGAGGAUUCCUGGAAAGAUGCUGGUCUUCAGUCAAUGCUGGAAUCCAAAGAACUUGAUUCUAAAAUCAGAGAAGGAAUGUCACAGCAACAAGAUAGAUAAACUCACCCGUAAGAGAGGAGCUAGCAGACAACAAGCCCAAAGCUCCCCUCUCUUGUGUCCUUUCAUAAGCGCUUCCUUCAGAAGGUUCUGCCCAUAUUUAUGGAAGAAGCAGCACUUGAAGACUUCUGAAUUAAAGCUCGUGGUCAACCUACUUUCAGCUUGAACAGGGAACCAUGGACAUGGAAGCAUACUUUGAAAGAAUUGGUUAUAAGAACUCUAGGAACAAAACGGACUUGAAAACAUUAACAGAAAUUCUUAAGCACCAGAUACAAGCUAUUCCCUUUGAGAACCUUAAUAUCCAUUGUGGGGAAUCCAUGGAUCUGGACUUAGAGACUAUUUUUUACCAAAUUGUGAGGAAAAGGCGGGGUGGGUGGUGUCUCCAGGUUAAUCAUCUCUUGUACUGGGCUCUGACUACCAUGGGUUUUGAAACCAUAAUGUUGGGAGGAUAUGUCUUUAACACCCCAGCCAAUAAAUACAGCAGUGGUAUGAUUCACCUUUUAGUACAAGUGACUAUCAAUGGCAGCAACUACAUUGUUGAUGCUGGGUUUGGACGCUCUUACCAGAUGUGGGAGCCUCUGGAAUUAAUUUCUGGGAAGGAUCAGCCUCAGGUGCCUGCCAUCUUCCGCUUGACAGAAGAGAACGGAACCUGGUACUUGGACCAAAUCAGAAGAGAGCAGUACAUUCCAAACCAAGAAUUCAUUAACUCUGAUCUCCUGGAGAAGAAUAAAUACCGAAAAAUCUACUCCUUCACUCUUGAACCCCGGACAAUUGAGGAUUUUGAGUCGAUAAAUGCCUAUCUUCAGACAUCGCCAGCAUCUGUGUUUACAAGCAAAUCGUUUUGUUCCUUACAGACCUCAGAAGGGGUGCACUGUUUAGUGGGCUCUACCCUCACCUACAGGAGAUUCAAUUAUAAGGACAAUGUAGAUCUGGUAGAAUUUAAGGCUCUGAAUGAGGAAGAAAUAGAAGAAGUACUGAAAACUAUAUUUGGUAUUUCUUUAGAGAGAAAACUUGUGCCCAAACAUGGUGAUCGAUUUUUUACCAUUUAGAAUAAGCAGCAUCUAAGAUCUCCAAUGUACUUGACUUUUUAUGAUAAAAUAUUCAUAGUAUAUAUAAUAUCAAUAGUAUGUAUAAUUGAAUGAGACUUGGUGCAUCCAUCACCCAGCUUACCAAUAAUGAACUCAUAAUUUAUUGUAUCCUUUCUGUCCCCUCAUUAUAUGGAAGAAAGUCCUAGAGAUUAUGUCAUUUCACCCAUAAAAAUGUCAGACUUUAAAGAAACAGCCACAAACCUUUUGAAAAUUAGUCAGUCAGAAAGUGUUUUGAUGAUGACAUGCCUAUGCCAGUGACCAUACUGAUUUGUGCUAGAAAGUAAUCCAACAUUUGAUUUAUUGUUAAAUUCAUAAGAAUUUAUUACAGGUAGUUGAGUAAAAAAAACAGUGAGAAAAGAUUCCCAUUAAAACCAACCAGCAUGCAUCCAAUAUCUAAUUUUUGCACAAUGCUCCCUGUUUAAUUUAGGAUUCAGAUGCACCAAAGAAGAAUGAGAGGGAAUGUUGAUUCCAAAUAACCCUGUGGUCCUCAUUACAUGACCUAAACCAGCACUUAGGAAUAUGUGAUUAGGAGCCAAGAGAGACAGUCACACAGCUAAUAAUUUCUUCCAGGAUUGUUUUUAUGUCCAUAAUUCUUUAUAUAUCAUUUUUUAUUAUGGGAACAACAAUGUUUAGAAUUUUCAGCUUCCAGAUUUAAAUAAUGUAUGUCUAAAAUAAUAAUAAUUAUUGUAAAUGAUGAAAUACAUAUCUAGAAAAACUUUAAGAGGUAUAUUAAAACAUUGUUGACUAAUCUAGUGUGAAUGAAAGUUAUUGGUGGUGGUAUGAUGUGAUAAGGGUUAGUAUCAUCUGUAAGAGAGCCCUUUGAUCUUUUUCAGUUGUUUUAGUGUGUCUUCAUCACCAACUUGACUAUAUUUGUAAACACCUAGAAGAUGUACUUAUGUGUCAGGAGCUUGUCAGGGCAUGUAUCAGGGCAUGUCUAUGAAGGUACUUCCAGAGAGGUUCAACUGAGGAGGGAGGACUCACCCUGAAUGUAGAUGGCACCAUGCCUUGGGCUCAGGUUCUAGACUGAAUAAACAGGGAGAAAGGGAGAAAGUCAGCUGAACACCAAUGUUCAUCCCAUUGCUUCCUGACUGUGGACACCAUGUGACCUGCUGCCUCAUGCUUCUACCACCACUGCCAGACCUGCUGUCCCAAAUAUUCUUCUCUGUCAUGAUAGACAAUAUCCUCAAAUUGUGAGCUAAAAUAUAUAUGACAUUCAUUAUACCUAUGAGGAAUCUCACCCACA